UCAUUUGGCGUACGGACCAGCCUCACUUCCGCUACUGCCGAUAUCAAAAGACCGGACAACAUUUGCACAAAUUGUUUUUCCCCCCACAAGGAAAUGAGUCGUUUUCAUCUUCAUCCGAAGUGCAGAGUAUUGGUUUUAAUGCUCACGCCGUAACGCUUUUUGAGAAGAUUGACUCUUAGUAGAAGACUGAAGACGACGAUGGCGGAGAAACAAAAAAGCAGUGAACUCCAGUUUAUAAAGGAGCUGGUGGACGAAUUGUACAAUUACAGAGAUUGUUACUUUGAGACUCAUGGUGUGGAGGAGGCGGCCAAGAAACAAGAGGACGUCGCACGCGAGUUGGAAAAGGUGCUGAAAAAGCUGCAGGAGAAAGAAGUUUCCCCUUCAGAAGGCAACAGGCACAAAGCAGAGUUCCUGCUGCAGAAGGGCAGGUGCCUGAACGUAGCUCCAGAUUUCAGCGCCGCCGCGGAGGAUUGCCUUUCCCGUGCUGUGAAGCUGGAGCCUGGCCUGGUGCAGGGCUGGAACACUCUGGGAGAGCAGUAUUGGAAAAAGGGUGACCUGAUGGCUGCCAAGAACUGCUUCACGGGAGCCUUGCAGCAGAGCAAGAACAAAGUGUCUCUGCGAAACAUGUCCAUGGUCUUGAGGCAGCUCCCGGCGGCGGGCGGCGAUGCGCACGGCAAGCAGGUUCUGGAGAGCGUGGACGUGGCCCGGCAAGCUGUCCAACUGGACGUCACCGACGGGACAUCCUGGUGUGAGUCCGCCAAGCGUCAAGUGGUCGAAAUGGUUUCCGAUCCGAUUUCUCACUCUAACUGCUCCUCGUGUGCCUUUUCAGAUAUUCUAGGCAAUGCCUACGUAUCCCUCUUCUUCUCUUGCGGACAAAAGCCGCAAUUGUCCACACAGGCUCUAAGUGCCUAUGCACAAGCUGAAAGAGUGGACAGAGCCGCCGCUUGCUACCCCGAGCUGCACUUCAACCGAGCCACCCUGUUCCAGUACGAGGAAAUGUUCGGGUCGGCGCUGGGGGGCUACAGCCGCGCGGCUGCCCUGGACCCCGGCUGGCCGGAGCCCGCGGAGAAGGAAAAGCAGUUGAUGGAGUACCUCCAUAACGUCACGGAACUCUGCCAGAAAAAGGGGAAGGUGAAGGCCCGGCGUUUACGCGGCAUGCUCUCCGGCCUGACCGCGUCGUCUCUGGGCCCGUGUUCCUCUCCCGACUUCCGCUCGUGGACGGGCCGCGUGGGCGGCCUGGAGCCGCGGCCGUCCAGCUCGCUGGCGCACGGCCUCAACGGCGGAGCGGCCGCCCUGGGGAAGGUGGUGUUCAGCCUGGCGUCCCGGGGCCGCGUGGCCUUCACGUUCGGCAUGGUGGACGGCGAGGAGACGUGCGUGGCGGUGAUGGUGUACAACACGGCCGACAGCUGGGGCGUCCUCAUCGGAGACACCGUGGUCGUUCCGGAGCCUCGGGUCAAAUGUCACAGUAUCGCACACAAAGGCGCGUCGUUUGACUUCAGGAGCAUCCGCGUGGACUCUCCUCUGUGCCUCGUCGUCAACGGAAGGCCGCAGAAUGCUCAGAGUGUGACGGUCACCUCUGUCAGCUACAAGCCUCAGAGCGAAUGAGGACAGAAUGGAACGGACCCGUUUUCUUUUAUUUAUUUAUUUGAGCGUAUGACGCCAGUGUUGCAAAAGAAAGUUGAACUUGCCACGCUGCUUGAACUGUUUGGAGGUUUAUGUCGAUCGAAUAAAUCCUGUUUUUUUAAGUCGCUUUUACUUUGCUAUGACUCGUCUAUGAACCGUAAAUGUUUCAUCGUAGUAACAGGUAUGCACAAUAAAUACUUCUCAAAAUCACAA